CUGGGUUACACUUUCAUGUUCCGGUCCACGUGGCAUGCUGUACCCAGCCCGGCCGCAGGGGGCGCCCUCCCUGCUCAGCGCGGAGAAUUGUGGGUCGGAGGACACAGCAGCGGGGCAUCUUCAUCAUCACUGCGGGCCGGACCGGGACGUAAGCUGGCAGCUGUUUUUCCGCACUGAAGUGCAUGAUCAUCAGCGCCAGAGAUGGGACACGGAGACCUCAUGAGCCAGGCGGAGGAUGUGGCGGACCAGUUCCUGCGGGUGACCAAACACUACCUCCCCCACGUGGCCCGCCUCUGCCUGGUCAGCACCUUCCUCGAGGACGGCAUCAGGAUGUGGCUCCAGUGGAGCGAGCAGAGCGAGUACAUCGACUCCACCUGGAGCUGUGGCCUCUUCAUCGCCAACCUCUUUGUCCUCAUCAACCUGCUGGGACAGCUGGGCUGCUGCGUGUUGAUCCUCAGCAGGAACUUUGUUCAGCACGCCUGCGGCGCUCUGUUUGGGAUCAUCGCCCUGCAGAUGGUGGCUUACAGCAUCCUGUGGGACCUCAAGUUCCUCAUGAGGAACCUGGCGCUGGGCGGGGGCCUCCUCCUCCUCCUGGCGGAGUGCAGGGGGGAGGCGCGCAGCGUGUUCGCCGGAGUUCCUUCCCUCGGACAUCAGAGCUCGCCGAAGCACCUCCUGCAGCUGGGAGGUCGCGUCCUCCUCGUCCUCAUGUUCAUGACGCUGCUGCACUUUGACCUCAGCCUGCUCACCUUCCUGCAGAAUGUGGUGGGGACGGCGCUCAUGGUCCUGGUGGCGGUGGGAUUUAAGACGAAGCUGGCGGCGCUCACGCUGGUGGCGUGGCUGCUCUGCAUCAACUUCACCAUCAACGCCUUCUGGAGCGUGCCGUCCUACAAGCCCAUGCACGACUUCCUGAAGUACGACUUCUUCCAGACCACCUCGGUGAUCGGCGGCCUGCUGCUGGUGGUGGCGCUGGGGCCCGGGGGCGUCUCCAUGGACGAGAAGAAGAAGGAGUGGUGAGGAGGAGGAGGAGGAGGCGCGCCUUUGCCUCUUCUAUUAAUUUUAGUUUUUUACACUCUGAGCGACCAAUCAGAGCUCGUCUUUGUGUCACGUGAUGUUUGUCACACGCUGGCUGUGAUGUUUCACACUUUACUCAGAGUGAUUUUAGAGGAGGCAAGGGAGCGCCUCCACCUCCAUCCUGCUGCACCACCCAAUGACCACCACCCGCCUCCCCGAGGCACAGCUGCUGCGUUAUCCAAUCCGUGCUUUUGUAGGCAGUCUUUGCUGUUUUCAGCCUGUUCGAUGUGACGAUUUGGACACAACGACAUCACUCCUUAAUGUUUUUAGUAACAAGCUGGACAAACGACCGCCGGCGAACGCUCCGGGAUGUUUUCCUAAUUCAUGAAUCCGUUUGUAGGCGGAGACUGAAACGGGAGAAAAAUAGAAGCAGAAUCAUUUUGUGAGUGUUUGCAGCUCUGAGGCGAUAAACCCACCUGAGCAGGUGAGCGAUCACAGCUUUAGUACAGAGAGGGGAGGCUGUAGUGACCCGUGGUGUCCUGCAGGAGGCGCUGUUUCCUCACAGUGUGCUUCGUCUCCUCUCUGUACGACGUCCUCAGCCUAUUUGUGUCUGUGUGAGUCUGAACUCUUUUUCUAUCGUGUUUUUGUAGGAGUUUAAUAAAUCGUGCAG